CGUCAGAAUCUUAAAAUCUCCGUUUGUUCUUUUACCACCACCACCCACUUCCUCUCAAGUAAUGGCGUCCGUGUGAAGCAGUCCUAUAGCAAACAUUGCACAAUUUCUAAAAAAAACGAACUAAUCGAAGACCUUAUAUUGCCAUUUAAACAAGAUGCCGGUGACCGUAGGACCGUAUGGACAGACACAGCCCAGCUGCUUUGAUCGAGUCAAGAUGGGCUUCAUGAUGGGUUUUACCGUGGGCAUGGCUGCAGGUGCCAUGUUCGGAACCUUCUCCUGUCUCAGGAUCGGCAUGAGGGGUCGGGAGUUGAUGGGCGGAGUUGGGAAGAUGAUGAUGCAAAGCGGGGGCACGUUUGGAACCUUCAUGUCCAUCGGGAUGGGCAUCCGCUGCUGAGAUCACACUAAUGCCACUUCUACAAUUAUAGAACUUUGAAGCAUUUUUAGAUUCAUCCAUUUGUUAUCAUACCCACAUUCAAGGACACAGGUGUCAAUAAAGACGGAUUAAAAAGAAUCAAA